AACGUCCUACCCGGAAAAAAAGACAAGUCUUCUGUAAUCCGAUCACACAAACAAAUAGACGAGAGUGUGACAGCCCGAUGCACACCGGCUUUGUAAAUGUCUGCUGUUUGUAAAAGUUGUUAAAAACUUUCUCUACCAUGCUUGUAUUUACCGAACUCGGGUCUCUCCUUCUCUGCUUCGUAGCCGUGCGGGGCGCUGGCUGUGGCGCACACUGACUCUCCACAGUGGUGAUAUGUGAUAGCAGCAGCAUGCCGUACGUGGACCGGCUAAACCGUGUAUGUGGCUUCCUGGACAUCGAGGAGAAGGAGAACAGCUGCCGCUUCCAGAGACGAUACUUCAUCCUCGACACCCAGGGAAAUGCUCUGCUGUGGUAUAUGGACAACCCUCAGAACCUGCCCAGUGGAGCCAGCUUUGUUGGCAGCCUGAAACUAACCUACAUAUCUAAGGUGAGUGAAGCCACAGCGAAGCAAAAGCCCAAGGCAGAGUUCUGUUUUGUCAUCAACGCAGUUUCCCGGCGGUACUUCCUCCAAGCCAACGAUGUUACUGACAUGAGGGACUGGGUGGCUGCUCUCAACAAGGCCAGCAAGAUCACUGUUCCUAAAUCUUUUCCUGCACCUGCAAGGUCUGAUGUGACCGCAGUGAUCAGUGACACUCAGGGGGGGAAGAAACAGCAGGCCUACAAGACUGAGAUCAUAGGCGGUGUGGUGGUUCACACUCUCAUCCAGAAUGAGAGUGAAGAGGCAGAAGGGAGAGAGAGGAAGGGCAACAGGCCGGGUGUGCUGAGAUGUGGUUACUGUGUGAAACAGGGAAAUGUGAGAAAAAGCUGGAAGAGGCGAUUUUUCACGCUGGACGACAGCACUGUCAAUUACUACAAGUCUGAGAUGGAUAAAGAGCCGCUCCGAGCUAUUCCACUGAGGGACAUUCAGAAGGUCCACGAGUGUCUUGUCAAGUCAGGGGAUCUCCUGCUGAGAGACAACCUGUUUGAGAUCAUCACCAGCUCCCGAACUUUCUACAUCCAGGCAGACUCUCCAGAGGAGAUGCAUGGUUGGAUCAGGGACAUCGAGAUGAAGAUCCAGGAGUUCAGAGGUCCCCCCAAGGGUUUUUCAUUUAAACGUGCGUCUUCUCUCUAUCGAAGUCAAAAUGCCUCCUCUGCGUCUCGUGGUCAACAGAGUGAUGACCGCAGACCUCCGCUGGUCAAGUCCUGCUCUGUGGCGCCGGGCUGGCAGCCCUGGACGCCUGUCCCCCAGUGUGAGCCCCCCAUUGUGGAUGUAGAGGAUGAAGACAGCGCUUUCAGCUCCAUACCCACCUUGCCUUCUCUCUCCUCCUCUUCCACCUCCUCCUCCACUUCCUCCUCCUCUAACUCCCUCUCUACCCCGACCCCUUGUACCAGUGCGAACCCUGCGCCUUCGACCAGCGGACUGGGCAUGCUUACAGCAUCAGGGGAUGUGGCGAGCGGGCGUCGGAGGCACCGCUCUCAGCCUCAGUCUCACACCAGCUGCACCUUCCCCUUCAACUUGGAUGACGACAGCAUCCGCACCACAGACGUGUAGUUCACUGAAGUCUGUCCAGACUCCUGUGUGGUGUUGGUACCUGCUUUAAAAUGAAUGUGACUGGUAAUAAUAGUAUUCUCUGCUAACGAAGUGACACUGUGACCAUCUGCCUCAAUGUCAUGAUGUGUGACUGGGGCCCCCUGCUGGUCUUGUAGCUGCAUUGCAGAUGAAGGAUCACCCAGCUGGGAGGAAACCAAGAGGGACAGUGUUAGUUGAUCACAGGACUGUGAAAAGGUAUGAUGGAGUGUUGUUAGUGCAACUUCCUCUGGAAACUUGAAUAAUCUUGUUGUUAGUCGUUCUUGCGGACCUACAAAUUAUGGCACAUGCUUUCAGUCUUUUGCACUUGGCUCCCGCUGGACAUGUAUCACCAGGAUCGUGUUUGAACCCCCGCUUCACAAAGUAUUCACAAAGAAGUGUUUAAAGGCAUUUUAGCACAUUAGUAUCCAUAUGUCCUAUAUUCAAGCUUAUGUUCACAAAGUACUUUUAAAUACUCUGGACAACUUUAUUUUCCUGUUGAGCCGAGCAGUGUUUUUCCUACUGUUUUUUUUUCCUGGGACACACGUUACAUGAAAAGCCUCCCAUCAACUUACCCACAUUAAUAAUUAACAAGCAUUUAUAGCUACAAUCUGAUCAGGCGUCUGGGGGAAAGUAUCCUGUGGGUCUCAUUUAAAAAAGGUACGUGCACUCACAUGCCAGCUGACUCUGGUUUUAAUCUGUACCGACAGAGAAGAUGGAGUCAGCAGCAGCUUUUAUGUGUUCGUACUAUGUUUUAAACUUUCUCUAAUCUUCAUAAUAUACUUGGCUUGAAGGUCAAUUGUUAGUAAACUGUGACUCCUUUUUUGGCUUUUAACGCGGGUACCAUAACACAGCAGUGUUUUCAUGGUACUUGUUGUAGAAUGUACUUCAAAUUACAGCUGAUCAGCUGGUUGACAGCUUUGUAAAUGUGAUUUUUCUUAUUGCAGCAUUACGCGGGAAGAUGUGCCACUACUUUUGGUAAUUUGAAUUGAAAUUCCGCACUUUGCUCUUCUCCUUUUCAUGUGUUUUUUUUUUUUUUUUUUUUUUUUUAUAUUUUAUCACAGCUUUCACAGCAGAUAUAACGGCUUCCUCUGAGAAAAUGCCUCAGAUACUUUGUGUUGUUUCACCAGCAGUCUCAACCCUUCUCAGGUUCACCUCAAGACUUCAUUGAUGUGGUACCAUGUUCCAUUCCUGUUUCCGUUUUAUGAGGCUGUGUGCACUCGUCUGCCUGCGUAUAUUGUUAAUUUUUCUUCUUGUACAUUAAAAUGAUGCCUUUUA